AUGUCAUUACGAUUACGCCAGAGCCCCGGCACGGGUUCAGGAUGGCAAUCGGAGUGCAUGCCUUCUGGUGCUGCACCUUCCGACGACUACGAUGAGACGAAGCAGGGCACGUGGCGGCGCCAGCUGGAAACAGCGGCCGUGGUGACUUCCUGGUUCGUCCUGAACAUCACAAUCGCAAGUUCAACAAAGUGGAUCUUCGUUCACGGCAGAAUAUGCUCGGUAUCCACAUCGCCGCCCAAGCAGCAGCUCGCGACCGCACUACAGGCCAAGGACAAGGGAUGUACCACGUAUCAAUAUCCGGUGGCUAUCACAGUGAUCCACAUGAUCUUUUCCUGGAUGCUGUGCAGAGUGUACAUAUUUCAGCUUCGCAGAGGUCUGGAAGGGAAAGCCUUGGGACUGGCGCAACAAGCGCGGGAGAUCAUGCCUCUUUCGCUCUGCUUUGCACUUUCGGUGGCGAUGGGCAACCUAUCUCUGAAGUAUAUCUAUCCUUCCUUCAAUCAGAUGUUGGGAUCCAUGUCACCACUGAUCACAGUACUGUUGGCAGUGGUGAUGCAGCAGAAGCGUUUUCCGCUGAAGACGUGGCUGUCCAUGCCGGUCAUUUGUGUUGGGCUUGCAGUUUGCAGUGCGAAGGAGCUCAACUUCAACGCGCUCGGUGCCUUUUACGCCAGUGGAGCUACCGUGCUUCGAGCGGUGAAAUCCCUCAUUCAAGGAAGGCUCCUGUCCACCUCCCACCAGAUGGAUUCUGUAACUCUGCUGUACUACAUGGCUCCGUGGGCAGCCAUGUGGCUAACUUUGAUUAUGUUAUUCAUGGAGGGCGGCGAGCCCUUGUUCUUGCUACUGACGGUGUUCGACCUACAAGGGUUGGGGCCAGAUGGAGACGGCGGCGUAGCUGGCGCUGGCCAAGUUCUUUCUCUCCUGAUGCUUUCAGGCUUGAACGCGUGCCUCCUAAACAUCGCCAACUUUCUGGUAACCUCCUACACCAGCCCUGUCACUCUUCAAGUUCUUGGCAAUGUCAAGAGCUGCCUCUCCAUUGCCGUCUCAGUGGCGAUUUUCAGGAAUAGCCUGACUUUGGAGCAAGCCAUCGGAGUUUGUACUUGCCUGAUUGGAGUAUGGAUGUACAACCAGAAGUCCUCUCCGGGGCCGUCAGCUGCCGACAAGGCUGCUGCCGAUGCUGAGCCUUUGGAGAUCGCACGCCUGGGCGGGCGAAGUUAA